UCAAAACUCCAUUAUUGGCCAAAAGGAAAGUUCCAGGAAAGAGCACUCAUGUGUUGCAUUUCUAUAUGAUGUGUGGUAGUCACAAGUGUUUCUCUCAUGCAUGCACACUGAGUUGUGUACUGUUACCGUAGCAAAGUUUUGCACUAGUGUUUUAGUGUUGUAAGUUGAAAGAGAAGGAGAAAGAUAACUUAAUGGCAUCUGUUAGAGCAAUGGAGGAAGGAGGAGUAGUGGUGUUGGGUGGUGGAAGUCAUAGCAAGAACAAGGAGAUUAUGCGCCAUGGCCGGACAGCGCAUAACAUGUCGUCUUCUUCACUUAGGAAGAAGUCCGACUUAUCUCUCGUAUCAAAAGUUCCUUGUUCAUUACUCCGAUCAUUUCUCGCUAAUCUUCAAGAGAUCUUUCUCGGAACUAAACUCUUUGUUCUCUUUCCGGCCGUUCCACUUGCUGUUGUUGCACAUUACUUUCACUUUGGCCGGGCAUGGGUGUUUGCUUUGAGCUUGCUUGGAUUAACACCUCUUGCCGAGCGUGUUAGUUUUCUCACUGAGCAAAUUGCAUUUUACACUGGCCCAACUGUUGGCGGAUUAUUGAAUGCAACAUGUGGGAAUGCAACAGAGCUGAUCAUAGCGCUAUUUGCCCUGCGCCAAGCAAAGGUUGAGGUUGUCAAGUGGUCACUCAUGGGUUCUAUACUUUCCAACCUUCUCCUUGUGCUCGGCACUUCUCUUUUCGCCGGUGGGCUCAAAAACCUCGACAAAGAACAACUCUUCGAUCCGAAACAAGCAGAGGUGAACACAGGGCUGUUGUUAUUAGGAUCAUUAUGUCACUUGUUAACCCUCUUGUUCAAGUAUGCCAUUGGUUCCGGUGAGCCGGGGGAUGUGACCGGUCCUCAGCUCGCGCUAUCUCGCACUUGUAGUUUUGUCAUGCUCAUUGGCUAUGUCGCGUAUCUCUUCUUCCAACUCAAAACUCAUCGCCGUCUCUUUGAGUCCCCAGAGGAAGAUGAUAAGAAUGAUAAUGUAUCUGAAGAGACGCCGGUGAUCGGAUUUUCGAGUUCUCUGGCUUGGCUGAUCGUGAUGACGGUCGUGAUUGCCGUAUUGUCUGAAUAUGUUGUUGGCACCAUUGAGGAUGCAUCGACGUCAUGGGGUAUAUCAGUGAGCUUCAUCAGCAUUAUAUUACUGCCAAUCGUAGGAAAUGCAGCAGAGCAUGCAGGUGCCAUCAUAUUCGCUUUUAAGAACAAAUUGGAUAUUACAAUGGGAGUUUCAUUGGGUUCGGCAACUCAAAUAUCCAUGUUUGUGGUUCCUUUGAGCGUGCUCGUCGGAUGGGCAAUGGGUGUCCAAUUGGAUCUCGACUUUAAGAUCUUGGAGACAGGAUCGUUGAUCAUAUCGAUUCUUGUAACCUCAUUCACUCUUCAGGACGGAACUUCACACUAUAUGAAGGGCAUUGUUCUUCUACUAUGCUACAUUGUUAUCGGCGCUUGUUUCUUUGUUCUUAAGACACCUCUGAACCAACCGAACGGUUUGAGCUCGGGCUAUCAUUCUGCGACAAAUGAUGUUAUCAUGAUCUAGCUACCAAGCUCGCAUCGAUUUGAAUUCAUCAUGCGGUGCCGAUUAAUCUUUUGGCUGUAGAUCCAUGCUAAUCAUCGGCAUUGAAUGCUCCACAGAUCAAAUGGAUUGGCCUAAUUAAGCUUUUUCGAGUCGGAAAAAAAAGGGCAUGAUUUACUGGGUGGCAAAAAUCAAUGGUGAGCUUCUUGGUUUGAUCAUUUAUUUUGUUUCUGAAUAUGGAUUCAGUAAAUGGGAAACCAAAACUAGAUAUAUCAAUAUUUCUUUUGUGUAUCAUGUAAAUUGGUUUUUGUUUGGAUUGUAGCAUCCUGAUGGGAGGUUUUUGUGCACCUGUUUGUAGCAACAAAUAAAUAAAGUAGUUGUGCUCUUUUUUCUUUGGUCAUCAAACUUUAUUUGUAGCAACAAAUAAAUAUGUUAAAUCUGUCUUUCCGUA